AUGGCACCACGACUACCUGGGGAACUCACCGAAACCAUCAUCGACCAACUGCAAUACGAUCCCCGAGCGCUAGGCGUUUGUAGCCUAGUCUGCUCGCAAUGGAUGAAACGGAGUCGCCACCACGCGUUUUCGACAGUACAACUCCGGCCGUGGCGGGCUCGAAAGUUCAUUGAACUCAGUGCAUCCAAAACGACUACAAUCCCUCCGUACAUCCAUCGCGUCGAGCUUAAUGAUGCUCGCGUCGAAUCCGACCACAACGAUACUACCACUGAGGCCUACUUCAUGGAUACAUUGGCAUGCCUUGACCUUCCAACGCUAAGGUCACUCAAAAUAUCGAAUGUCGACUGGACGACCCUUCCUCCCCCUCGGCAUACGGAAAUCCGACGACAGCUCUCCAAGUUCCAAAACCUACAACAUCUCGAAUUCGACAAUGUUACAUUCCAUGAUUUCCGGGAGAUCGCCAACAUCAUCAAGCUGUUCCCUCAUCUCAACCACCUCUCGACGAACGUUUCCUUCAUGAAGUAUCGCGAACACGCUAUAGCUUCGGCACUACCUCACCCCCUCCCUCAAACGUUGAGGCACAUCGAAGUGGGUUCCGAUGACGCCAUUCCAGUUGUCUUGGGCUGGCUCGCGGCGAACACGACCCCAUUUCAAAAAUACGAACGUGAUACUAAUCACAUCGAAUGCCUGUCCAUUCGAAAUGUCCGAAUGGACCAUCUACCCCACAUUCGAAAUGCCAUCAGACGAGUGGGGCCCCAUUUGCACCACCUCUCCCUCGGGUUGGAUCAUCUUCCGUGGGGAAAGGAGGAUCUUUCGGAAGAUGAACUACUGUCCAACUUGCAACUGGCUCGCCUCGGCCAACUUCGAACUCUCACCAUGGAAGGACUCGCCAUCGACUCGUGCACGUCCUUCGUGGAGGAUACCCUACCACGUUUGCUAUCACCAUUGGAUUCCUCUUCUCUCCACACAGUCGUUUUGGGCUUUAGGUGGCCUUCGACGCAGCGGUGGCAUGAAGUCGAUUGGAGUCAUCUGCAACGAGUCCUCAUGGAACACCACUUCUUCGGCGUUCGGAAUGUCCAUGUUCGGGCAUACACCCAGGGCGAGCCAGGAAUAGAUGACGCAAAGGAUAUCGAGGGUUGUGUUCGCAAGGCGUUGUCGUCACUGGACGGGAGAGGUCAACCGACAUCGACCUCGACCGUCACCGCCCUCGAGCGCUACCCACAACUUUUACCGUCCCAGAACACCAAAGAAUAUAUCAAGAUGCCGCCAAAGGGAAAGCAAGCCUCUGGCUCCAGCAGCAAAGUCAAGGAGGACAAGACUUUUGGCAUGAAAAACAAAAACAAAUCCGCCAAAGUCAAAGCCCAAGUUGCCCAAAUCCAAAAGCAACAAUCCAUGGCAGGCAAAUCUCGGGAGACGCUUGAAAAGGAGAAGGAGAAGGCGUUGCGCGAAAAGGCCAAGGCAGAGGAGGCUAAACGGGCCAAGGAGCAGGCUGCGCUGUUGAAGCCUGUGCAGGUGCAGAAGGUGCCGUUUGGGGUGGACCCCAAGACCGUUUUGUGUGCGUUCUUCAAGGCUGGGACGUGUGAGAAGGGGAACAAGUGUAAAUUCAGCCAUGAUAUUAAUGUGGGCAGGAAGGUGGAGAAGAAGAACUUGUAUUCUGAUACGAGAGAGGAGAAGAUGGCUGAUACGAUGGACAACUGGGACGAGGAGAAGCUGCGAAAUGUCGUCCUCUCGAAACACGGCAAUCCAAGAACAACCACCGAUAUCGUCUGCAAAUACUUCAUCGAAGCCAUCGAAACCUCAAAAUUCGGCUGGUUCUGGGAGUGUCCAAACGGAGGAGAGUCAUGCCAGUACAGGCACGCUCUUCCACCAGGAUUUGUGCUCAAAUCUCAGAAGAAAGCGGCUGAGGAGGCAGCGAAGGCCAACACCAUCAGUCUGGAGGACUUUUUGGAAGUCGAGCGUCACAAACUCGGACCCAACCUCACUCCAGUCACCCCCGAGACCUUUGCUCAUUGGAAGAAGACACGAAUGGACAAGAAGUUGGCCGAGGAGGAGGCCCUUCGCAAGGCCAAGGAGACCCAGAACGCAGCUGGCAAGAGCAGCGGCAUGAGCGGACGAGAUCUGUUCCAAUUCAACCCCGAGUGGUUCCAAGAUUCAGACGACGAAGGAGGCGAAGACUGGGAUCUUGCCAAGUACAGGAAGCAGAAAGAAGAGGAAGAUCUGGCAGCGGAGGAAGCCCGGAUUGCUGCCUUGUCGCUUCAGUAAAUCAAUGGCCUGGUGCCGCUUUCAAUGCAUUUUCCCAUUUUGUUUCUCGCAUUGGACCCUUUCUAUCUUCGUCUCAGAGCCAUCUUUACUGGCUCAAGCCUGUUGUAUUAACUUGCAUGACUAUCGUGUAACAUCAGAUACUAUUAAGAAACAGGUUAUUACAA